UUGCAGAUACAAAUUGCUUGUGACAAGGUGAAAAAAUUGGAAUAUUUGAGAGGAGGCUUCAAUAUAUUUGCUAUUUCCCAGGGUACCCUAAUAGCAAGAGGUCUAAUAGAAUUAUGUGAUGGAGCACCUCCUAUUAAGAAUUUUAUUUCUCUAGCAGGCCCUCACGCCGGUGUGGCAUCUGUACCUUAUUGUGAACAAAUUUUCUCAAAGUGUUGUCCAAUAGUCGAAAUCUUAUUCGACGUUGCAGUUUAUACAGAUAUUGUCCAAAAUCUUACGACUGCUGCCACCUAUUACAAAGUACCAGAGCAAAUUGAGGAGUAUGUGAAGAAUUCUAAAUUCCUUCCAAAGCUCAAUAAUGAACGUCCAGAAGAGAGAAACGUAACUUACAAUGACCGUUUUAGUAGCUUGAACAAAUUGGUGUUGCUCAUGAAUGAGGAGGAUAGUCUCUUGACUCCGAGAGAAACUGCAUGGUUUGGAUACUAUAGGGAUGGAAGUACUGAUCGUCAAGUUGUACCUGCAACAGAGACAAAUCUGUAUAAAGAGGACUGGAUUGGGUUGAAGAGGUUGAACGAGAGUGGAAAAGUGAUAACUCGGAAAGUGCCAGGAGAUCAUGCUAAUUUACCUGAUGAAAGUAUGAGUAAUUUUGUGGUGCCAUACUUGGUGGAUGAUGCAGCAGACUUGGCCCUAACCUCUGCAAUAACAACAAAACUCAAACUCCACAACAACAAGGCUUAAAACUAAAAGCCAUGUUCCUAUUAAUGAACAAUUAUGGAUAUUAAUAUGAUCAUCUCAUGUAUUGGAAUAUGUACUAGUGUAAGCCAUGGAGAUUCUGUUUCUCUUAUAGGAAACAGUCCUUAAGAAUUAAAUAAAAAAGGCUUUCUUUCUUGUC